CCCCCUCCCGUCUCCCACUCUCAUCUCCCUCCAUAUGUGCGAGGAAGAUGGUUGCAAGCAGCGUAGGCCUGUUUUUAAUGUCGCACAUCCUGCCUUGAUCCCACCAGGAGGAAGAGAAGGAGGAGAAGAAUCCCUCCAUUCAGAUCCUUUGGUGGGAGGAAGAGAUCUGGAAUCAGCCAGAGCAGAGGUGAAUCUCCCUUCAUCCAUCUCUUGGCAUCAUUCACCAGGUUGAGAUCAGGUUUUCAGCAUGCAGCGUCACUCGUCUGAGGUGGCCCGUCUGUAUCAGACUGAGUUCAUCCGGAGCGCGCGGGCGGUGGGCAUGCUGUGGGCCGUCUGCACGCUCUGCUUUGCCGUGAUUGAGGUGGUUAUUCUCAUCCAGCCUUCAUGGGUAGGCACACGAGAGCUGCACUACCGAGGAGGGGGUCCGGCUCCUCCGACCGGGACGCUGGGCCUCUUUGAGGUCUGCAUGGAGAUGGAUUGGCCCGUCCCAGAAUGCCGGGGGUCUCUUCACACCUUAACCCCACUCCCUGCCUUCCAGUCUCCCGCUGUGCUGGUGUGCAUGUCUCUCACCAUGGUGUGGGCCAGCGUGGGCUGCCUGUGUCUGUUCAGAUUCUGCAAUGCAGCAACCGUCUAUAAGAUCUGUGCUUGGCUGCAGCUCACAGCAGGCUUCUGUUUGGUGCUGGCGUGUGUGUUGUUCCCAGACUCCUGGGCGUGUGCUGAGAUGCGGGCAUUGUGUGGGGAGGGUGUGAGUAGUUUCUCCCCAGGGAACUGCUCUGUGCAUUGGGCGUACAUACUGGCCAUGCUGGGGGUGCUGGACGCCGGCAUACUGGCCACGCUGGCUUUUGUUUUGGGGAAUCGCCAAGAUGCCCUGCUGCCAGAAGACACCAAGGAUGGUGAUGUGACUGGCUUGUUACUGGCAGCAUAAGACAGGCCUGAGCUGUUCUCACCAGUCAGAAACUGCUGGUGGCUGUUUCAUCACGUCGUUUGUGCUCUUCUCUUUCGACAAAUAAUGAUGACAUAAACCGUGUGAAGAGACGAUCUUUUCCCCCUCAGCAUGAUGUCAUCAUCAUCCUGUGAAUUCUGCUUACAUAACCUGUCUGCAUAGAAACAGUCACCUGGCAACAGUAUCCGAGUCCUUUCUCCCCUGGCAGAGGAACAUUACUCUGAUCUUGUAAUGGUGGCUUAAAAGAGAAGAGGAAAGGCCAUUUUCUUUAGUGCAUUUCCAAGUGGAGGUACAGUCGAGGUCUCUGUGACCUGCUGCGAUGCACGAACAGAUCACAUCAAUGUGGUUUUCAGUUAAAUGAUGUUUAGACGAUUAACUGUGAUGUUUGAUUCUGUGUUAUGGAUGUUUCUGUGCAUGAAUUCAAGAUGAGGACUGGAGUGAAAUGUAGUUAGAUAUUCAGCAUUAUAAACUAUUAAUCUGUUUAGUUAGUUUUGUUGUUGUUUUUGUCAGUAAAGCCUUGAACAUGUGGAUUUACUGAUUUGAUCAUCUUUAGGCUAAAAGUAGCAAAUAAUUGUUCAUAUUUAUAGUUGGCAUUAAAUCAGAAUUUACUUUCUUAUCCAAGAUCUGAAUGAGUUUGUUUCUUCAACAUCACUUGCUCACAACUGAAUCCUGUGCAGUGAAUGGGUGCCGUCAGAAUGAGAGUCCACAAUAAUCACAAUAACCCACACCACUCCAAUCCUUCAGUUAACAUCUUGUGAAGUGAAAAGCUUAGUGUUUGCAAGAAACAAAUCCAUUACUAAGAUGUUUUUAACCAUGGCUAAAAUCUGAGCCCUCCAUCCAUAAUAUUGCUUUUUUAUGUGAAAAAGUCAUCUCAUCUGAAUCAGGAGAGAAAUUUGCACAGAUCUAGCAGCGUUUACAAGCGAAAACAGUUCUAAACAAAUAUUUUGUUGGAUUUUGAUUUGAGAGAUGGACAUUUUGGCUUAUGGACUGUUUUUUUUUUGCCGGAAGUGACAUUUUAAAGUUAAAAUGCCUUAAUGUUUUCUUCAGACACUCAGUUUUUUACGUCACAAGAUGUGAAUUGAUGGACUGGAUUCAUGUGGACUGCUUGUGGAUUAUUGUAAUGUUUUUAUCAGCUGUUUGGACUCACAUUCUGAUGGCACCCAUUCACUGCAGAGGGAUCCAUUGGUGAGCAAGUGAUGUCAUGCUAAAUUUCUCCAAAUCUGUUCUGAUGAAGAAACAAACUCAUCUACAUCUUGGAUAUCCUGAGGAUGAACUUAUUUUGAGCAAAUUUUUAAUUCUGGGUGAACUAUUCCUUUAAGAUCUGCCCCUUUCCCCUUUAACAUGGAUAUACUUUACAAUACAGUAAUAAAGUUGAUGCUAACAUUAAGUCUGCAAGCCACUGUUGUAUUUGUAAUUGUCUUCAGCCAUUGUCUUAGUUGAGUAAGCUUCUGUUUAGAUGCAAUGCUAAUAGGCUAUGAUUUUAUCAAGCUGUUGCAUUAAAUGUUAAAUGUGAGGUCAUUUCUAACCCACUGCCACCGUAAAAGCAAUGCAAAGUUCUAAACAAAAUAUUGGUGUUCACAUACACUUUAUUAGCACUUACAGUGAUUUUUGUUGUUUGACAAAACUCGCAGUGCAGAGAUAUGUAUUUUUGUACAAGAUUUUAUGACUGCACAAAUAUAUCGAAAAGCUUUUAAAUAUACUAAGAGCCACGAUUUCUUUCACAAAUUCAUAAUAGUCAGAUUACAAACCCAGAGGGCAAGAAGUUGGGACAGUGAUUAGUAUCAGACAGAAUGUUUCGAAGUCAAGUCAAGGGACAAAAUACACUUCAUCAAGCUUGAAUAGGAUGCAUAUGACACUAAGAAGAUGGUACACCACUUCAGACAGCCAAUCAGAGAAAGAGAGGACAGGAAACUCACUCAGAGCAGGUUUGACAUUUAGACAGACUCAUUUUGAGUCUAAACUCUUGUAGUGCUGCUUACUGCUGUAUAAAGCAGCUGAUCUGAUAUUGUGCUGCUGUUUAAACCUGUACCAGACAUCUUAUGCAAUAAAUAGAUUUCAAUCA